AUGGGUCACUCGGCUACUUCUAGCCACAAGUACAAUGCGUCCGGGCCUGUCGAGCUGGUUUCAGCCUCGGCUCUCGGCCAUGGCCCGCACUCGGCUUCGACAACCGAGACAGUCACCACAGCGUCAUCUACUGCGUCCAGGUCUUCAGCUUCGAGCCUGUCGUCGUCAUCGUCAUCGUCGUCAUCGUCGUCAUCAUCAUCGUCGUCAUCGUCGUCAGCGCCGACCCGCCGCAAGGUCCACACCUAUCGCAGGGUCUCGGUCUCGUCGUCGAUGGACGAGUGGGCAGAGUCGGUAACCAACCAGAAUGAGCUUCAGGUGCUGACGCGGCGGCGGGCCAAAGCCAAGACCAAAGUUGCCAAGGCCGCCAAGACAUCUUCUGCCGCGCGGCGUGGCGCCAAUGCGGGCGAUGGGCAAGCUGCAAGCACAACUGUACCCAUUGCUGUCCGCGUGGGGAGCAACUCGGACAACGUGCAGGUCAUCAUGCCGCAGAAGCCGGUCCGUGCCGAGUUUGAAGCCGUCGCCCGGUACCUUUCCGGACCUGGCGCGCGGAGCAUCGGAUCAGACUCAUCGCGAAGCGUGUUCUGGCGCAAGCUCAAGUCGCGGGCCAAGCGGAAAGCGAGGCGGUCGUCAAACAACGCACUGUUUUCGACGUCUGGCCGGACGUCAAACCUUGACAACUCGACCGCAUCGGUGGGCUCAGCCACUUCGGCCACCUCGGCUGCUUCGGUCGCGUCGAGCAGUGGCCUCCCGCCGACCUCGUCCCGCGAAGCGCGACUCUUGCGCAAGUUUGAAAAGAAGGUCGGCAGUGUGGCGUCGCGACGCAAGGAGAAGGCGCGACAGAUGGCACGUGGCAAGCUGGCGUCGAUCAAGCACAAGAAAAAGGCGAGCAUCGACCCAGCAAAGUACACCAUGCCGUGGGGCUCGAUCCGUGACUACGACAUCAACAAGCGCGCACUUGUCGGCGAGGGCUCGUACGGCCGUGUCUUCCUCGCCUCGCACAAGUCGUCAAGCGACCUCGUUGUGGCCAAGGAAAUCAAGCCGGCCAAGGAGAAUCCGGUGCGGCUCAAGCUCGAGGUCAUGAUUCUAGAGGCGCUGGCGGCGGCAGCGCUGGACAAGCCAAAAAAGCCUGGUGCCGACUGCAUCGUCGGCCUCAACGACGUCGUGCGCGACACCAAGUCGGGCACCAAGUACAUCAUCAUGCCGCACGUCAAGUCGCGGGCGUUCCGCAACCUGGCACCGUCGCUCAGCUCGGGCUCGGGCGGGCCGCUUGCUCUCAAGCACUACCUGUUCUCGCUGGUCAAGGCGCUGGCCUUUGCGCACUCACACGGUAUUGUCCACCGGGAUAUCAAGGGUGGCAACACACUGUACGACCCCAAGACUGGCAAGUUUGGCCUUAUCGACUGGGGCUUUGCUACCUGGUACUCGCCCAAAACCGUCCAGACCUCAUUUCCGGGAACCCGCCACUUUAAGGCGCCCGAGAUGUUCCUGCACUACCGCAAGUACGACUACGCCGUCGACAUGUGGUCGUUCGGCGUGCUCAUGGCCGCCCUCGUCACCGACCGUCCGGCCUUUUUUCCGGUCGGCCACACCUCGAGCAACUUUUCCCAGAUGCUGGCAGUCGUCGCCUUUCUCGGCCUCGAUGCCUACGAGGCCUGGCUCGACAAGUACUCGGUCCCCGACGACUACCUGCUCAAGUACCAUCCGGCCAUCUUCCGCGAGCUCGGCUGCUCGGCCUCGCGCAUCGCGUGGGCCGACCUUGUCAACGGCGCCAACCGCGCCUCGGUCUCGCCGCUCGCCCGCGAUCUCAUCGACCGCCUCGUCAUCUUUGACCACGAGGCCCGACUCACUGCUGCCGAGGCUCUCAACCAUCCGUUUUUUGACGACGUCCGCUCCAAGGGCUUCAGCUCCGGCAUAACCACCGCCUCAACGCCCACCCUGGUGGCUCCGCCUUCACGUUCCUCGCGCAGGCGCUCCUCUCGCGCUGCGUCUACCCCUCUCCUCGAUGUCAAUGUCUCGGACGACAUCCACGCGCACCCUCGUAAGCUCACCUCGAUCUCGGUCUCGUCGUCCAGCUCGCCCCUUGUCGUGCUAAAGGAUGCGCUGCCGGGCUCUGUGGUGGACGGCCAGGUGGCUGAUCUGGUAGCCCUGGUGGCAGCAGGCCCGCUGGCAGCAGCAGCAGGCCACCUCAAGGCCAUGUUUGAUGCCGGCCUGCUGACUCAGGACGAGCUAGUCGUCCACACUACGGCACUCAUGGCAACUGCCUCGCCGCAGGCGACUGCCACGGGAGCGCACGCCUCAUCGGUGCCACUUGCGGACUCGCUCGAUCUGCUCAUCGAGACUGGAAAGGUGCCGGAUGGUACAGACGCUGCCUUUGCUGACAUGGCUGCCGCGCUCAAGGCUCUGGCCGGCGUAGAGACGCUCGAUGACGCCACUUGGCUGUUUCUUGCGCCAGAUCGGGAUGCCAAGCUUGUCACCAUGGACAUGGCGCUGACAGAUGUAUUUGUUGCACUGGGUGAUGCACUUGUGGCUGCCGCCCCGGCGGCGGCAGCAGCAGCAGCCGAGGAUGCGGCUGCCGCGACGGCGUCGGCCCAGGCCCAUUCGCUCCAGACGCGAUCGCUCGGCCUCUCGCAGCGAUCAACCAACGAGCUCGAUGGUGGCGCCGCUGGCCCGUCGUCACCGCCUGCAAGCGCGCUCUCGAUCGGUGGCGAGACGGCGUCGCCGGACUCGAUGGCGUUUAUCGGAAGUGUGGCCCUGGCGGCGCCAGGUGCGUCGGCCGACGCUCAGAAGGCCGGCGCAUCGGUCAACGCGGAACUUGCAGCGCAACUUGGAGUGCCUGAUCCAGGCAUGCCCGGAAUGGCAUCGCUCCUGCUGGUGCCCGACGCGCACGACCCGAGUGCGCUCUACGCCUACAUCCAGGCGCCCGUGGUUGACGACGGGGCGUCGGCGUCGAGCCAGAUUGAGCACAUUCACGGCGGCUCGAGCAGCGAGGAGCCUGGAACAGGUGAGCGGCUGGUCAUCUCGCUCGACAUCUCGUCGUCGAUGAACCACGACGAGGCCGGAGUUUACCUCGCGCCAGGCUCGCCGGAUCACCCCGCGUCAUCGAUCGCCAAGGCCCGGUCGCUGCUGCCGGAUCUCAUUGCCGCGUCGCUCCGGUCGGAUGUCUCAGUCACAGUUGUUGUGUGGAACCACGACAUUGUGCGUGAGAUCGACGUGGCGGCAGCCACUUACCGCGACGCUGCAACUGGCGAGUUUCCGGAGAACCUUGCGGAGCUCGUUGCGCCGCUUGUCUCCGAGAGUGCGUUUGUGGCCGACGGCGCAACCGAUACUGAGAUUGCGCUCCACGCCACACUGGCGCGCGCCGGCGGCUUUGCCUCCGCUGGUACCAACAAGGUCACGGUCUGGUUCCUCACCGACGGCGAGCAGACGUACUACCACAAGAACGGCAAGGUACGGAGCAUCAAGAAUACGCCGCGGUUCCAGAACCCGAUCGACGCCAGCGGGGUGACCCAGUACCAGCGCGAGGUGCUCGACACGGCGAUGCCGAGUGUCGUGGCCAUCGGCGAGCGAAAGUGCCAGCUCGAGUUUCACAUUUGCCACUUUGGCGACGCUGAUCCUGUCUUCCUCCGCGCACUCCGCGAGAGCGUCGACGGCCACUUUCACGCCUUUACCUCACUCGAUGCUAUCGCUGAUGAGAUGGCCAUGUCUGCGGUCUCGACCUCGGGCAGCGUGGCGGUUGUCGCUGGCGCAGACUCGUUCGACAUCCCCGUGGCCAUCGACGCCACCGCCGGCGUAUACUGCGGCCGGCGUUCGGGUGUACCGCGGUCGCUCAUCGGCUUCCUCACCUCGCCGAAGAGCACGACAAAGCCGCUGACGCUCACGCUGCCAACAGGCGAGCCCGUAGCGCUUCCGUUCUUCCGGCCGACGGUCCUCAGCGCGGCGCAGACCGAUGUGCUGAGCAAGGUGCACUCGCUCGAGCCGCGGCUGCGGACAACAAUGGAUGAGCUCUCAGGCAAUCUGUCUGCUGCUUCGCUCGACGAUGCGGCGCAGGCGCUGGCAUCUCUGCGGCGGGCGCGCGGCGAGCUUGUGCGCAGCGCCGUGCGGGCGUUCCGUGAUGGUUCGCUUGUGUUUUCAUACCUCGAGCGCGUGCUGGAGGCGGUUGGUGCCCACAUCGAGGGCAUGACACGGACGAUCAACCAGUUUCUGCGGAGCCAGGGUGCCGAGUUUAACGCCAAGGCUGCCGAGGCGACGCAGCUGUUCUCAGCCAAGGAGCAGAUGGCGAUUGCGGCGUCGGUCGACUCAAUGCGGGUCCGAAUUGGGUCGGGCAUCCGACAGCGGUGCAUGGAGAAGCGGGUGGCACGGCUGGUGGCCGAGGGCGGCUCGCGGGCAGCGCGGGCGCUGGCGCGGGUGGUGACGGCGACGUGGACCCCGCUCGACGACGGCUCGGCGCUGAUCUCGCUCCGCAUCAUGGAAGGUGGCGCCGCAACAGCAGCAAGGCGCGCGUUUCUUGCGGCAUACGUGGCCAAGCAUCCGAAUCCCGAUGCUACGAGCGUCAUGGCCGCGACACGGUGGGACAUUGUCGAGUGGACCGAGACGGUGAGCCACGACGUGGCGCGGUUCGCGGCGGCGGUGGCCGGGACCGGCAUCGGGUCUGUGGGGAGCAACAGCGCCAUUCCGCCACACCUCCGUGCGCUUUCGUCAGAGAUCUCCGCCGUGUUUUCGGCGCCAGGUGUGCCGGCAGCGCGAAUCGGCCCGGUCUCUGUUCCGACAGCAGCGGUGUACGAUGUGAGCGGCGAGGCCGGAACCGGCACAGUGUUCACGUACACACCGACCGAGGUCGUGCGGACUGUGGAUGUUGAGGCGGCCGUGGACAAGUACGUGGAUCCGCUGUCGUGCCUCGACCUGUUUGAUCUCAUGAACGAGGGCUCGCUGCCGGCCGCGCUGUACACGGUAGGCUCUGUCGGCUCACCGGGCCUGCUGUACAAUGCUAAGGAGUCGCUGACCGUGGAGGGCGGUGGACGGCAGCUGACGUCGUUUGACUACUUUCGGCUCUUCUGGCGGAUGCAGCACUCGGCGGACGGAUCGCGGCAGGUGCUGAUGCCUGGUGCGUUUGAGCCGGCCAACUUUGCGCUGCCGCUUGCGCCGGAGCCGAUGUCGGGCGCGGUACUUGUAGCCGUGCUACCGUCCCUGGUGGGCGAGUUUGUGACCGGGACGCCGAUGGCGCCGCUCUCGGGCGUUGGCGACUUUUACAUUCCGUUUGUGGUGUACCACAUGAAGCUUGCGCAGCCGACGACGCUCGACUUUGAGCGGAUGCUUGAGGAGCUUGCCACGCUUGCGUGCUGGGUCUACAACCCGCGGACCCAGCCGCGGCCUGUGGACGCACUCGCAGUGGUACAGGGUAUGGUGGACGAGGGACGCAUCCGCCGGCGCGACUCGCCGGGACGGCAGCUCCCGCUCAAGGGCUUGAUCUACUCGCUGAUCUUCAACGAUCUUCCGCUCGCGCCGCGAUUCACGGCGCUCUUCAACGAAUGCCUGGUCCGGUCGGUGGGCAUGCUCCUCGAGACGCCGCAGAAGGCCAAGUACCAGGUUCGCAAGGUCUCGCUUGUUCCGAUCGAGGCCUGGGUCGGCGACGUGGUCUCUGCGCUAGCUCCGGUUGCUCACGCGGAGAUUCCGGACAUGGACGACGACGGGGUGCCUGUCCGCGCCAUGGCAACGGUAUCAAUGCUGGCCGAGUGGAUGACUCGCGCCGAUGAGACCGGGUUCUCGGGCGAGGCUGUGGCAUGGCUGCAGGAGCAUCCGGAUGCGGUGAACGUGCUAGCCGGCGCGCUCGAAGCGCUGCUCAUCACCUCGGGCGAUGCUGGGUUUGGCGUGGGCAAGGCCGGUCGGGAUCUGCUGCGGUGGCGCAAGGUGCUGCGGCUGCUGUGCGCGUGGCAUGUUGUUGCGCGCAGCUCGCUGGGCGACGCGCUGGCAGCUUAUCGUGCUUUUGCGCACCCGCAGGCGACGCUUGACGAGAUUGCUGCCGGCUUUGCGGACCUGGCGUUCGAUGCCUCUGUCGACGGCGCACCGACAAUGCUGGCGUCGGCGCUGGGGCUGACGAUGGCCAGCGACGGCUCGACGAUGACAGUGGUGAGCUUUGCCGACGGGGCUGUGAGCGCGAAGAGCUUUGCGCCGGCAGUCGGUAGUGAGAUUGUGGACGCAGGCAGGUUCGAGGUUGUGGCGCUGGUGUGGCGGAUGUUUCACACGGUGGCCUCGGCGUGGAGCUGGUCUGUGGAGAGUGCCGAGACGACGCUCUGUGGCCUCCAUGAUGUCGACUACGCGGUGGCGCGGGUCCUGCUCUACCCGGACACGGUGGUUUCCGCGGGGCUGACCCCGGCGCAGACGAGCGUUCUGCUGGCGGUCAAGGCGUACAAGCCUGUGUGGCACCGGUACGCGCGGUUUGUGGUGCCGCCGCCAGAGCUUCCGACGGUCCCGGGCUCGUCGACGCGGCUCAAGUCGUCCGAGGGCCAGUACUCGAAUGCCGACAAGCCGCACGUGGCACUCUCGCUGAUUGGUGAGAUCGACUCGGGCAAGUCGACGACGGCUGGAAACCUGCUGGUGCAGUGCGGCAUCGUUCCGGAGCAGAGCGUACGCAAGAUCGAGCGUGAGGCUGCGGAGAUCGGGCGAGGCGACUUCAAGUUUGCGUGGAUUACCGACUCGCAGGCGGCUGAGCGGGCGCGCGGAGUGACAAUCGACUGCGCGUUUUGGAAGCUGGAGACGCCAGAGCGGUUCAUCACGCUUGUGGAUGGGCCUGGGCACCGGUCGUUUCUCAAGAACGCAGUGAUGGGCAUGGCGCAAGCGGACCUUGCGCUGCUCGUCGUCGACGCGUCGCCGGGUGCGUUUGAGGCGUCGAUCUCGCGCGGUGGGAUGGUACGCGACCACCUGACUGUGGCCAAGUCGAUGUCGAUGACGCGGCUGGUGGUGGCAAUCAACAAGAUGGACGCGGCAGGGUACGAUGAGGCACGGUUUGUGGAGGUGGGUAGCGAGCUGGAGCGACUGCUCCGCAAGUCUGGCUUUUCGAAGCGGUCUGUGGCAAUGGUCCCGAUUGCGGCCUUUGCCGGAGUCAACCUCUGCGACGAGGCGCGCGACGUCAUGCCGUGGUACUACUCGGGCAAGUACGGGUCCGGCCCUACGCUCGUGGCGGCGCUGGACGCGGUGGCGAUUCCAGUGCGCGCUGUGGAGAAGCCGUUCCGGAUGGCAAUUGCCGAGUCGUUCGUGGUGUCGGGCGUGGGAACAGUGGUCGGCGGGCGGGUACUGUCUGGUAAGAUCGCACCAGGCGACGAUCUGGUGGUGGCGCCAAUUGACAUGCCGACAGCAGUGCGGUCUGUCGAGAUGCACCACGUGCAGCUAGCGCAGGGCGUGGCUGGCGACAUUGUCGGGCUGCACCUGAAGAAGGUGGGUGUGGCGCAGGUCCCGCGCGGGUACGUGGUGGCGGCGGCCAGCAACCCGCCACGGGCUGUGACCUCGUUCCGGGCGCGUAUCGUGGUUGUUGUUCGCCAUCCGGGCAUGAUCAAGGUCGGCUUCAAGCCGACGAUGCACAUCCACACCGCGCAGGUCCCGGUCCGGAUCACCGCCAUCCACACCAUCCUGGACAAGCGGACGUUCGAGGUCAUCGACGACUCGCCGAGUGUGCUCAAGGCUGGGCAGGCUGCCGAGGUCACCCUCGAGCCGACCAAGCUCCUUGUGGCCGAGCCGUUUGCCGACUCGCCGGCGCUGGGCUCCUUUGUCCUCCGCGCCACGUCUUUCCUCUGCGGAUCGGGCAUCAUCCUCGACGUGACCACUUACGACGGACCCGACAUGGCAGCCUACGAUGAGUACUCCAGUGAGGUGGAGUUUGAGUUUGAGCUGGAGUCGGACGACGACGGGAUUGGAGUGGAGGACGACGAUGAGGGCGAGUACGACGAGGCGCCCGAGGUGCUGGACGCGACCCAGCUGAGUGUAAGGCAGUGGACAUUCAUGGCCGAGGUGGGCAACCUGCUUGCGAUCUCACAGCCGCUGGCCGGGCUGCUCCUGCAUCACUUUGGGUGGUCGAAAGAGCGACUUCGGGCGCGGUACUUUGAGAACACGGAGGAGGUGCUGGAGAAGGCCGGAGUCAAACUGGAGAUGGUGGCCGGAUACAGUGUACCGGAGGAGUGCGAGAUCUGCUGCGACGAUGUAGAUGCGUCGACGGUGUUUGCACCCAACUGUGGGCAUGCCUUCUGCAAGGGGUGCUGGCAGGACCAUCUUGCGUCGCAGAUUGCGCUCGGACCGAGCUGCCUCACGACGCGGUGCAUGAUGACCGACUGCCCUGUAGCGCUAGACUACGCAGACGUCAAGGCGUUGGCUGCCGGCGACGACUUUGCCAAGUACGAGAACAUGUUUGUCAACUCAUUUGUCGACGGCUCCAAGUCGCUGCGGUGGUGUGCAAACCCCACGUCGUGUGGACGGGCGAUCUCGUACACCGGGCCGAAGGUGGGCAAGGUUGUCGAGUGCGGGUGUGGCUUUCUGAUGUGCUUUUCGUGUGGCGCCGAGGGCCACGCGCCAGCCAAGUGUGCUAUGGUUCGCGAGUGGAACCUCAAGGCGGCAUCCGAGGCCGAGAACACGCGGUGGAUCCUGUCUAACUCAAAGCCGUGUCCCAAGUGCGGGGUCUUUAUCGAGAAGAACAAGGGCUGCAUGCACAUGACGUGCAAGGCGCCGGGGUGCACCCACGAGUGGUGUUGGCUCUGCCGCGGGCCGUGGACAGAGCACGGGUCGGAGACCGGCGGGUACUACAAGUGCAAUCGGUACGACGAGUCUGCCGCACGCGAGGAUGACCUUCAGGCCGCAGCCAUCAAGUCGUCGCACGACCGCUACCUGCACUACUUUAACCGAUGGUACAACCACGGCAAGUCGAAGGAGUUUGCCUCGCAGUACGUUGUCGAGAUCAAGUCGCGGAUGGAGGAGUACCAGUCGACAACCGGCUGGUCGCCCGAGUUCCUCAUGGAGGCUGCUGAGCUCGUCAUGGAGUGCCGGCAGGUGCUCAAGUGGACCUAUGUCCUCGCCUUUAACCUCGAGUCGGACUCGGAGCGCAACCUCUUUGAGUUUCUGCAGGAGGAUCUCGAGAAGAACACCGAGCGGCUCAACUCGAUGACCGAAUCGCCUGUCGAUGAGCUCGACCCAUCGCAGCUCAAGAACUACACCCGAGUCACCCGCAACUUUCUGCACAAGCUCAUUCAAGGCUGCGAGUCUGGACUCACCAUCGUUGCUGAUGUGGAAUGA